AUGGCCAAGCGCCUAUCUCCACGCCAGCUGUUGCCACUGGAUACCAGCUGGGGCGGACGCGAGGAUCGGAAUCAAAGUCCUUGGAAUAGAAGAUGCACAUACACCGAGUUCUCACCGAAUCGGAUCUGCAAAACUUUCGGUGAACGGCCCGUUUUUUCGCCGAAAGCCUCUCACCACCUCAAAAUUCCAGUCUCCAUACCCACGAAGCUGCCCGUCCAGAUCGAGUACAAGCAGCUUCAAGCUCCAACCCCACCAAACGCGCGCGGUGCAACUCCCCCUCCAAGAUGGCUAAAAAAGGUUUCGAAAUCCCGUGUCAUGAUCGUCCGGCUCUUGUCCAUGGCCGCGACUGGAUACUUCUACACCUUUAAGCGUCUCCGAACCGCGUCGCCUAUGAGCAUGCUGAAAUAUGACCCGAUAAUCCGGAGAAAAGUCUUGUUCCUGGAGCAAAAGAAGAAGGGAAAAUGAGCUGCCAUCACGGACUAUUAUCGCAUCAAUACCACAUGUAACAACACUGCUAUCACCAUACACGGCGUUCACGGCGGCAUGCAAUUGGGUUUCGGAGACCACAUGGGCGAAUUGUACAUCGGAAUGCGCCCCCUCAGAGACGUUGCGUCCUAGGGAGGAGGACAUUGGCACGCCGGACCAGCACCAUGUGCUUGUUGGGAGCAAAAGCUUCGAAUACCGCGAUCUGAAUGUACAUUCUAUAAAAACAAACCAACACCUUCAGAAUACGUGCUUCUACCUCGAUGUAUAAUCUCGAUCUGUUUUCGACGUCCCAAAAGUUCCAAUCAC